AGCACUCACGAAACAAGCAACUACUUCCAUGUGCUUGAACGGUUUAAUGAUGGGUAUACAUUACCUUACUUCCCCAAUCAUGGUAUUCUUGCAGCAAGGCAUCAGAAAUCUUGCCAUAGUGCUCAAGCAAGAAAUGUCAUUUGCAUUGACCAAUAUGCCUGAUGAAGCUGGUACUCUGAUUGAAUCAAUGGAUGCUUGUUUUGGUCUUGUGAGAAAAAAGACUUCAGGUAAGGCUCAGUUCAUGUCAAGGCAUAAUUCCAUUUUGUUCCACAAUCAAGAAGUUGAUUCAUUUGUUGAUAACUACACUUCAAGUGCCAAACAAGCUAAAACUGAUUGUCAUGAGUUUAAGGCAGGUGAAGUAAAUGACAUGAUUCGAUCAAAAGGUAGAAACAAAUUAUUCGAUGAGAAAGGUGUUUUUGGUGGUGUCUGCCGGCAUGAUUACCCAAAAGGAUUUAUGAAUAUCAAACAUGGAAAAAGGUAA